AUGGGGACGCCAUGUCGUUCAGGAAAUGAUUGUGCGGUGAUCAAUACACAGCGAGACAUCCGACAGUUCACAGAGCAGGCUCGAAAGGCGGCGAGCGAGGCUGGAGAUGCCGUGCGAAUGAGUCAAGCUACCUCUGUGGCUCGCGAGGCAGCGACGCGGGUCUUGGAAGAGCUAUCCAAGUCAGAAUCUCAGGUUGCAAUAGCAUCAGUUGCAAAGUCUAGUGCACAGGCUGCCGCAAACACCGCUCAUGCUUUGGAGAAAGGAGGUGAGGUUGGUGAGGUCGAUGGUGCAAACACUCUCCAUCUGCAUCACCACGGCGAAUCACGGGUGGUAGCUAUGGCAUUGGCUGCCGUGCACGCUGCAGACGAAGCGACCGCAGCGGGCGUGGCAGCAGCGGCAGCGCGCACGGCAGCCCGGUCACACGAGGGCGCAGAGAGCGUUGAUGUGAGCAGAGCCAAGAGCUCCGGUGAGGUGAGACUAAUCGCGCGUAUGGCUAGAGAGGCAGAAAGUGCGCUGGCAUUGGCAGCGGAGGACGAACGGCUCCACAAAUAUGAGGCGGUGCUCGCUGAAGCCCAAGCUUCAAGCCAAAGAAUUCAGGCGCAGACUCGAUUGGCUCAUCACGCAGCGUACGAGGCACGACACACGGCACGACGCAUCGCGAUUGCUGCGGAUGAUGCACGAGCGCGGCUCGCAGUCGCCGCCGACACAGCCAUGAACGCGGCCGUUAAUGCUGCGAGCGAAGCGCGCGAGGCGAGGCGGCUGGCUGCGACCACAGCGGAGAUCGCGCGUGCUGCAAUAUCCAGAAGUGGUAUCUGUAGCGCCCAAAUGCGCAAUUUUUCGCAGUCUGGCUCUCAAUGUGCAGAGAAGAGGCCUAGCCCGCCUGCGGGGAGAGGUAGGGGGCAAGGACUCGACAGUUUAGACAAAGAAGAAUGGAAUGAGCUCGGUUUUUUUGCAUCACGUUUCAACGCGGAGACAAUUUACACAGAGCACGUUCAGAUCAUGUCACAUUUGCACUUUAAUCAUCUAGCAGCAUUCAACCCAUCGCUGGUCCGCAUACCCAAGAAAAUAAUCAAAGAUUUGCGGUCUAAAUACCCAACGGCUCGAUAUGUUGCGUCAAUUCGGCAUUCAUGGGGACAGUGUCAACGUUUUGAGACACUUUACAAGCUGGCGGCCUACAUUGUCUAUGGGAAAUUUAAAUCGACUGCGGAGGCACCCGGUCGCCACUCCUCCAUAGUGUUCGCAGAGGAAGUUGACCGCCCAAAUGAUGUCGGGUGGCUUGCUGAGGAUGUUCGUCUCCUCCUUUACGACAACCGGAUUCUCGCAACAGCAGUUCUAUCAUCGGAGACGGGGAAGUACUUCCUGCAUGAUUUCAAGCAGCGAUUCGUCGUACAAGAGGUCAUUCCAGAGAUCCAAAGCGAGAUAUUCACGUACUGGACGGCACGCUUCAAUUUCUCACCUUCCUCGGCCUGCAGGCAGAGAUGCAGUCUCAAUUGCUACCGCUGCCUGAACUUCCCACCACGUUACCUCUCCUCGGACACUUCGGGAAGUGGCUCCACAACAACGUUUCUUGUCGUUGGGCAUGAGCACGAGCACGAACAACGCGAAAAAAUAUUUAAGACCACAAGUUGGCAUACGUAUCUUCAUUACUUCAUGCUUUUCAAUAACACGAAGCCCCACGAUCUCAUCGCUAGAUCUCCUCCCUUCUGCUUUGCCGAGUCGCCCAAUGGUAAAUGCGACCUUAUCCAAUUUGUGUCCUCGCUGACCUGGGCUACAAGUGAGGAGCCACAUCACGCCCAUCGCGACGUCAUCGUUGGAUAUGGCAUCAAUGAUUGCGAGGGCGCACUCGUGAAACUGCCGCUUCGUAAAAUUCUUGAAUUCACUGUUGGUUGCGGCCUUGACUGGCGUCUCGAAGCGGCUACAAACUAUUUGUCUCACUCUUUCCAGCUGCAGACGCAAAUCCAACUUGGCGAUGUUGCCGCUCAGGGCGAGCUCAAGAUCCCGAUUGGCUGUAUCUACCCUACUAUACUAACUCCCGGCCCUGGCGGGCCUGUGGGGGAAGCCGCCGAUGUAGGCCGCGUAGUUCUUUGGGGGUGCACUAGGCCACGUCCGACUAAAAUUUUGCGCGUCCCUCAUGUAGAUUCACGCCGGCGGCCGACCCCCAAUGCCAAUCUACCCCUCAGAGUAGAGAUCGAGCUCCCAAGUUCACUUUCCCUUGGCUCAGCAGCCCCGAAAAGAAUCUCCUAG